AUGGAGGAUCCUACGCUGUUUAUUCACUGGUUCUUCAGCUGCUUGUCACUCCUGAUUAUGGGGGUGCGGCUGAUAUGGAGAAAAGUCGCCAAGCAGAAGUUUGUACUUGGUGAUUACCUCACAAUGGGUGCCAUCUUGUGCUGUGCUGUGAGACUGGCGCUUAUCCAUGUUGUUCUCACCUGGGGAACAAAUAAUAUUAAACCGAGUCUUCGAGAGAAGAUGGUUUUUACUGAUGAGAUCAUUUAUCGACGGGAGAUUGGGAGUAAAUUCGCCAUUACGAAUCGAGUCUUUUACAAUUCAUUCCUUUGGUUACAGAAGCUUGUGCUUCUCGAUGUUUACCGACGAUUACUCCUCAACUUACGAUAUCAGAAGACGGUUAUGUAUUCUUUUCUUCUUGUCUUCUUCGGUACUUACGUCGCUGUCCAAGUCACGACUUUCAGCGAGUGCGUACCUUUUCAUUUGUACUGGCAGGUUGUUCCAGAUCCUGGAACCUGCUCAAAGGCCCAACUGCAACUCAUCGUGGUUGGUGUUCUCAACAUCGUCACCGACGUGAUGCUUCUCGCCGUCCCUAUUCCGUUAUUCUUUUCGCUCAAGACAUCCUGGAAGCGCAAACUCAAGCUUUACGUACUCUUCACUCUCGGCAUCUUCAUUGUCGCUAUCACCGUCAUCCGAUUGCCGAUCAACGCCAUGAACAAAGACAGCCAGGUCAAUCGCACGACAUGGGCCAGCACCGAGCUUCUCACUGCGACAAUCGUCGUCAACGCACCGACGGCACUGGAUAUGUUUAUUCUCAUUCGCAAUCCAACGGAACUGGGAUGAGGAGUAGGAAAAAUACGAGAGCAACUGGUACGCUUGGCGAUGAUCCUACUACGGAGACUUUUGCUCUUGGUACUGUGCGUCACAGUCGGCAGCCUUCUGAAGGUAUUCUACGCACUCAAGAGAUUACUGUCACAGAAUAUAUCGACUCUCGGAAGAAUUCUAAGGGCACAGGGUCACGGACGGAUGAAACGGAGGUUGCGUCGAAUUCAAGUCAACUGAGCAUCCUACGGGAUCAGAAAUAGUUCGUCUGCGUUGUAGUAAUAUGUUCCGUUCU